AUGGCCACCGACACGGCCAUCGACACGGGUACCUAUGAAGGGAUAUAUGCUCAAAUUACGAACCUCGAUGGCUAUGCUGGGGCUCCCCACGCGGUACUUAACACCGUCACGCAGAGCAAUACCCUCGAUCAACUGAUUAAUCUCCUCGCCAAGAUCUCUUAUCUCGGCGUUUGGCUCGCCUCGAACCGUGCGAUUCUCACCACGCUUAUUCAAUCUACCCGUAACCGAUCACCGCCAUGA